UCCAUUUAUACCACGACUGUGCUCCGCCGAGGCAGAUAAAAAACGUAUGCUCCACAAUUGUUUGUAAACCCUUUCAUUCUUGUUCCUGGAAAACAACUUGAUCGCGCAGCACAAACCGGGGCGCCGACUUUAUUCUUGCUCACCAGACUCAAUCGGCCUUUGUCGCCCCCCCACAGAACGCACCAAGGAACCACGGACAAAGACAUGACCCGCAUGACGACGAUGCGGACACGCGAGGCGCCGAUGGAUUGGGAGCGUGAGCAGGACAGGAAUCUGCCCAACAUCUUCUCGACACCCCAACCGCUUGAAUCUGAAUCCACUUUCUCGUCGGCACCGAAACCUCACUCUUCUCCAGCAGCAUUCGGUUCCUUCUCGUCUGAUCUCAGCGGUGGUGGUGGCCCCAAACAGGAAUCGGGUUCUGCAUUUCAGAAUACUGCUAGCAGUCAGGGGUUGCUGAACUCGAACGGAUGGGGUUCAACGAUGCCAAAGCCGUUUCGUCAGGAUUCGCAGGUGUUUUCAUCGUCAGGAUCCACAGUGACGAGACAGGGAUCGUUUUCUCCACCACAUUCCUCUCCAGGCAGCAAUAGCAGCGUUGUUUCAGGAUCUGUUCUGUCAUCCUCGGCUGAUAUUAAUACGUACAAUGGCGCCGGUGGUCGUGUGGGCUCUAGCGGGCAGAGACCGACGUCGAGCUUUAAUAUGGACACACUUAGGAAUGAUAUGCUGGACGAUGAUGAUGAUGAUGACUAUCGCCUGAGUGGCCAUUCACCGCUUGGACGAGCAAUGUCACCAGGAAGUCGCUUGCAGGGAAGCAAGAGUCGAGCAUUGGGUGUACCAACGCAGGGCAGAAUUGCGCCCUCAGGAUCGGGGUUCUGGGAGGACAGUGAUGAACAGGAGGAUCAGGGAGCGUACGGCAGUGAUGAGGGGGAAUCCGCUUUCCAUCAUCGCAAGUCGUGGAACUCAAGCUAUGAUCGGCAGAGAAGACUGCAGAGGGGCGCGUUUGUGGGUCACAAGUCCGGACAGCGUCAUGAGGGCGGCCGUUCUCGAUCGCAAGCCCAAGCCCAGCCGCAGUCUCGGGGCAGAGUCUGGUCCGAGAACGUGGAUCUGCCGUUCAUUUUGGCAGGAUACGUCCAAGUAGCGAUGAAUACGGUGUUUGUGGGCGUAUUGAUCUAUAUCGUCGCAAAUUUCAUUACCACGAUUCAAAGCGAUGUCAGUCUCAGGACUGAGACACUUCUACAGCGAGAACGACAAAGGAGGGCGAAUUGUGAGAAGGAAUAUUAUCAGGUUUAUAGGUGUGAUAAACCUAUUGGUGCGGCUUUAUUCACAGUAUGCGAGGAUCGUAAAGCCUGUAUGGAGCAGCCAGAGCCGAGGAUCGGAAGAGCAUCUGUUGCGGCCGAAACUUUUGCGUUGAUCGUGAACUCUUUCGUACACACCAUUUCAUACAAGACCAUGGUUUUUGUAUUGGUUAUCGUGUUCGGCGGGCUAUAUAUCUCUAACCACGCGAUUUCGUCCUAUCGGUCCAACCACGUCAUGCACCAGCAGCACACCGUUGUCCCUCCCUCCAAUUCCUCGUCUUCGACCUCUAAUUCUGGAUUGAAUCCUCCUUUUAACCCGAAUGGAUCAAGAAGGAACGACCAUUCAUCUGGCAUACUGCCAUUUCCUGCGUCUAGGGAUGGCUCGGCGUUCGGCAGGCGAGAGCUAUCGUUUGGAAACGGAUUAUCGUUGCAGAAGGGCAGAGGUGCUGUUGGAAGUUCUUCUAGGGAUCUGACGAUGCGACGGCACGAGUCCCAAUCUUUACACCACGACUCGGAAGACGAUAAUCACAAUAUGGAAAUAUAGUCAUCUCCAAUAGAAAUAAAAAAAAAUAAAAAAGAGGAGCCAGAAGGAUACCAGUUCCAACAUGAGCAUUGUUCAAAGAGAUA